UCGAAUCGAGUCGAAGCUGACGUACAAAUCCACCCGUGAAUCCGUGAUGGCCCAAAUUAAUUCCACCACAGAUCACGUCGACCUGGAGAGGAACUCCAAGGAUCUGUCCAUGGCUGCCUCUGCAGGCGACGCACAAGGUAGAGCAGCCGCGGCGGCGGCAGCCCUCGACGAGUUAAUAGCCCGAAAGAAGAGCAAGGCUGGUGAUGCUAAACGCAAAGUUCGGAUGGCGGACGGGGACGUCAACUUCAUCCUGUCGCUCAAAAGGGUAGAGCUCGGCGGCAUGGAGUACCUGGACAGCAUGAGCCACCAUUACACUCCAAAGCGGAUGGAGGAGAAGCGGCGGCUGCACCAAGAGGCAGUGGUCAUGUGCCGCGAGAUUGACGAUGAGAUAGAGGCACGCCAGGCCCAGAUCAUCAAAGAUUUGAGCGACAAGGGCUACGCCGAGGCUGACGAUCGCGAGGACAACCUGGCUGAUGACGAGGAGGUCAACGAGUUAGAAAGGAUACACUGGGAGAGCCUCAUGGCGGCGAGCGAAAGACGCAUGAGCGAGAGACGACGAAUGAGAGCCGCUGCCGCCGGAAAGGAGACCACACCAUCUUGAUCCCUGAGAAACAUGAUACUAAUUCUCAUGCCGAAUUCAGUCUGUUUGCUUUCUUCGUUUGUUUGUAUGGUCCGAAUUUCUACAACUAGUCCAACUCUGUU